AUGGCUGGCCGUCUGCUGUUGGUGUGCGCCCUCUGCGCGCUGUGCUGCGCCGCCGGCGGGGGCCACGCGUGGGACCACUUCUGCACUGAGAAGGACUGGGAGUACUUCAAGCGGGAAGCGAACAAGUCGGACGCAAACCCGGAAGAAUACUGCCGUCAUGUCGCCAAUUUCUCGGAGACGGUGAAAAAGGGAGCCACACAAACCGCGGACGCACCGACCACCACGAGGCCCACGCAUGAAGCUGGCGGUGCUGCCGGGAGUUCGGGCGUACAACUUUCUGCGGGGGCACCCAACGACACUCCAGCGUCCGUUCCUGCAGUGACAUCGGGGGCAGCGCCUGGCAAUGCGGCUGCUAAGGUGCCGGGCGGCGAAGGUGCAGCGGCACCCGCAGGGCCCACUACCAGUGCGACAAGCGCAGCGACCCCGGCGGCUGGCGGUGGAACAGGGACCGCAACACCGCCGGCCACCAGCGCCACGAAUGCGGCGAGCCCAACUCCAGGCGACAGUGACGGCAGCGCCGCGGCCUCGCACUCCGCCUCCCCCGUUGCGCUGCUUCUUCUGCUUUUUGCGGGUGCGGCUGCCGCUGCGACGGUGGCCGCGUGA